CUACUUCAUUCCAAAAGAGUGAAGCAUUGUAAUACGUUUGCUGUCGGAUGUUUUCAGUUAAUUAAUUCUAAUUACGUAAAUUGAUUUUUUGUUUAAUUUUAAAUUUAAAUGGAGGGUAUUAAAAGAAAUUCCCAGAAAAGAUUCCUCGCAAUUUUGAUUUCAUGGAAAUGUUCGACAAAGCUAGGAUGACUGCUAUUGAAAUGGGUCUAGAAAGCAGAGAAGAAAUGAAAACUGAAGAUGGAAUGGAUAAUAUAGACGACUGUUUUGUGAGGGAAUUUGAUUGCUCUAACAAUAGAACAAAUGUUUCAUCAUAUUUAAGGGAUGGAAACAAAUUAGAAACUAAAACAAAGGAAGACGACGAAUACAUCAUCGGACCACCAGUGCCUGCCAGCCUACCCAUUAAAAUCACAACUUCAGAAAAGUCCAAUGUUAAUGAUGAGGAUGAUGAAGAUGAGGAUGAUAAAGAAGAAAAGGAAAAUCGUUUACCAUUAGAUAAUAAAUUGGUAAUAAAUCACGGAAAGAAGCCUAUAUCAUCAUUGUAUGUGGAUGCAUCAGGUGCAAUGUUGGUUACUGGAAGUUAUGAUUACUCCAUCAAAUUUUGGGAUUUUGCUGGCAUGGAUUCAUCACCGAGACCUUUUAGAACCAUAAAUCCAUGUGAAGGUCAUAUAAUCAGAGAUCUCAAGUUCAGUAGCAAUGGCGAUAUGGUGCUUGUGGUAUCAGGAAGUGCUCGAGCUAAAGUUUUAGAUAGAGAUGGUCACAAGAUAAUGGAAUGCAUUAAGGGUGAUCAGUACAUAAUUUAUCAGAGUAACACCAAAGGACAUACGGCUACGCUCAAUGCAGGCUGCAAAAAAGUUGUCACCACUACUUGUUCAUACAGCAGAGAUGGCAAGUUGGUUGCAGCUGCUUGUCAAGAUGGUUCCAUUCAAAUGUGGGAACAUGGAAAGCUAUAUGUUAAAGUCAUUUUAAAAAACAUGACUGCGCAUGGCUGUGGCAAUGACAUAUUCUCUAUUUCUUUUAGCAACGACAACAAUUUUUUGGCAUCUAGAAGUACCGAUGACACUUUGAAACUUUGGGAUUUAAGACAUUUCAAAAAAGCUCUGUUCGAAGUAACAUCCCUUUAUAAUUUAUUUCCACUGACUGAUUGUUGUUUUAGCCCUAAUGACAACUUGAUUGUAACAGGAGUGUCUGCCGAAAAGGGAGGUUCUACUGUUAAUGGUACUGGAGGAAAGUUGGUGUUUUAUAACAAAAAUACCGCGGCUGAAAAAGACCGAAAAGACCCGGCGAGGUCUAGAAGACCUGAUCUACCUGUUAAUGGACCAGGCGAAGAUGGAAAAGUUAGAGCUCACGGAGCCACGUUGUCACAAUAUAUCAUUAAGAACUUAGCCCUCCGAAAACCAGAUGAAAGAGAUAUAGAUCCAAGAUCUGCCAUUUUAAGGCAUGCUAAAGAGGCAGCCGAACAUCCUUUCUGGAUUACACCGGCAUAUCAAAAAACGCAACCUAAACCAAUUUUUCAAGAAGUCGAAGAAGAUGAUGACUCAAGCGACGAACUUGCGCCAGUGUGUAAAAAACUAAAAACGAAAGAAAAGUAGUUCAAACAAUUUUUUCCAUUUUUAUUUUGUAUAACAAUAAUAUAUAUGAAGGAAGGGUGUUGAGAUAUAAUGACAUUAAUUAAUUGCUUAAUUUAUUUCAUUUUUUUGAUUUUAUGAUAUUUUUGUAUGUAUGUAUGAAUGUAUGUGUGUAUGUGUUUGUUUGUAUAUACAAAUGUAUGUAUGUAAUAAUAUUAAUAUUUCACAUUAAAAUUGUUUAAAAACAUUUUGUUGUCUAAUUUUUCACACCAAAAAAAAACAUAAAAAACGAAAAACAAAAUUUGGAAAAACGACGUUAGAGAGGGAAAAAUAAAUGGCCGUACAUUUCGCGCAUUUUCCGCGUCUUAUAAAUAAUACCUGGCCAUAUUUUCCGCAAAAUUAUU